AUGCUCACCAACCGCACUCUGACGGAGGAGCAGACGAUUAUUCGGCGGCACUUCACCGACUUCUUUGAGAGUGAGCGCUACGAAGAAAAGUACCAUGCACGCAUCCAGGCGAUGAUCGUCGCUGGCAAGGCGCGCCUACUCCUAGAUAUUGGCGACUUCCUCGACUACGUCCCCAUCAGCGCAGGCGGAGAUGGUGGCGACGGCGUCGGCAAUGGUGGGGCUGGCAGCGAGCUGGGGCUGUCGCUGGGGGCCAGCAUUAUCCGCCAGCCGGGCAAGUACAUUCCGCUUUUGGAGUUAGCGCUUCACGAUGUCGUACUUCGGCAGCAGCCCGAGUACCUGAAAGUCGACUACCGCUCUCGGGUUGUGCACGCUGGCUUUGAGGGCCCGGUUGGUCGCGUUUUGUCGCCACGCGAGCUCUACGCGCGUCACCUGAACACUAUGGUUGCGCUAGAGGGCAUCGUGACACGGCAGUCGACGAACCGGCCGCGCGUUCUGGAGACGGUGCACUACUGCGUCGAGACGAACAAGUUCACAAAGAAGGAGUUCCGCGAUCAGCUGACGCCGAUGAUCGACAGCUCGCAUCUGCCCACGGUGAACGUGAUGCCCAAGACGGACAUCGAGGGCCACGCCCUGCGCACAGAGCUUGGCUUGUGCACCUUCAUGGAUUCGCAAUGUGCGGUACUGCAGGAGGCACCGGAGCGCGCACCGACCGGGCAGCUGCCCCGCAACGUCGAAGUGCGCUUUGAUGACGACCUCGUCGAUGCUGUGAAGCCUGGUGAUCGCGUGCUGCUUGUCGGUGUUUACAUGCCGUACACGACGUUGGACAGCAAGAGCUUCCAGUCCAUCGUGCUGGUGAACCACGUCGUGUCGACUCAGGCCUUCACCUUCCUCUCCCGCCCCAUCCCAUCCGUGGAGGAUCGACUGGCUCGCUUUGCGCAAAAGUGUGUCGAGCAGCUCGGCCCCGGUGGCGUACUGGAGACACUCUCCAAGGCAGUCGCCCCUACCAUCUACGGCAUGACGGCUGCGAAGCAGGCGAUCUUACUGAUGAUGGUUGGCGGUGUGGAGCGCAAGUCACACAACUCGCACGUGCGUGGUGACAUCAACGUCCUCCUCGUCGGUGAGCCGUCGACAGCCAAGUCGCAGCUGCUGCGGUUUGUCCUCGGCAUCGCACCGCUCGCCCUGAGUACGACCGGCAAGGGUUCCUCCGGUGUCGGGCUGACGGCGGCCGUGGCGACGGACAGCUACACGGGCGAGCGGUCGCUGAGCGCUGGGGCGAUGGUGCUGGCGGACCGAGGCAUUCUCUGCAUCGACGAGUUCGAUAAGAUGGGCUCGCAAGACCGGGUAGCGAUGCAUGAAGCGAUGGAGCAGCAGACGGUCACGAUCGCCAAGGCUGGCAUUCACGCAUCGCUGAACGCCCGGUGCAGCGUGUUGGCGGCAGCGAACCCGAUCUACGGCUUCUACAGCGUGCAGCACCGCUUGGCAUUCAACGUCGGCCUGCCUGAGUCUCUGCUCUCCCGUUUUGACUUGACCUUCAUCAUUCUAGAUCAGCAUGCCUCGGACUACAACCGUCGCAUUGGCUACCACAUCCUGCGCAACCACAUGACUGCGGAGGCCGUCCGGUACGACGAGGUCGAGUCACGGACGGUGGUUGACAGCGUCGAGGCCGGCAGCGGACGUGAAAUCAGCGGAGCCGAGCUGGACGGCCGUGAUGGGCGUCGGGGCAGUCGGGCCGUUGACGGGGAGGAUGGUGGCAGUGGUGAAAGCCGUCUUGACUUGCGCAUGACGACGAACAGCACCGGUGAGUCGAUUGUCAGCAUCGACUUUUUGCGAACCUUUCUGCAGAUGGCGAAGCGCGGGUCGCCGCUGCUGACCGAGGUGUCGCGCGAUCUCGUGUGCCAGCACUACGUGCAGCUGCGCGCGGAGCAGCAGGACGGCGGGCGUGACGGGUUUUUCAUCACCCCGCGUACGCUUGACGCGAUUGUGCGUCUGUCCACUGCGCACGCCAAGCUUCGCCUCUCGCCGACGGUGGAGGAGUCGGACGUGACGGCAGCGAUGGCUCUCCUGCGGGCCUCCGUGAACGCCGCGACGACGGCGACGCGACAGCGCAAGGAGGACAAUCAACACUCGCUAUCAGAGGUGGCCGCCCGUGUUGCUGGAGCGGCACUGGCACCUGGUCAGAAGCGUCCAAACGCCGCCAUGGAGGUGGUGGGGGCACGGAACAGCGGGACCGAGGAGUACGCCGACGACAACGCGCCAGGCAGCAGCUCGCGCCAACGACUGUGCAUCGAAAGCGUUCUCGUUGGCGACAGCGGGCGUGGUAGCGGCGAAGCGGCGGCAGCUGUCCCAGAUGCAGCGCCUGCAGUCACUGCUGGCAGCCUCAGUGGCGCCGCAGCUGCUGCGGUCGACAUCAAUCUCAGUCGGCGCGUGAUCGAAGCGCUGAAGCAACUGCAGCGCGAGCAGCGAGCUGGCGUCUCGCUGGAUGAGCUACAUGAGCGCCUAGGUGGGCCCACGAUCUCGGUAGAGUCGCUGAAGCUCUCCGUCAUGCAUCUGCAAGGGGACGCCUUCAUCUUUGAGAGCACCGAAGAUGGCGGCAGCAACACGAUCCAGUUCAUUUAA